CUUGCUAUAGCCCUAUCCACCAUAUUUGCUUAUAAAAAAGGUCUUGACUUUGAUAUCUGGCAAAUGAGCUUCUGAAUAACCCUCUUCAGCAAUCACAGCUAUAAGCUCAUCAAAGAUCGAGCAGGCAACUGAAGAGAACCCUCGAUUUCUCUGACCAGGGAAUAUUAUGGGAAGGGGGAAGAUUGUGAUCCGGAGGAUCGAUAACUCGACAAGCAGGCAAGUGACUUUCUCUAAGAGAAGAAAUGGGCUGUUGAAGAAGGCCAAGGAGCUGGCUGUUCUCUGUGAUGCAGAAGUUGGAGUUGUCAUCUUCUCAAGCACUAGCAAGCUCUAUGAAUAUGCAAACACCAGCAUGAAAUCCGUCCUGGAACGUUACAGCAAAGCGAAAGAAGAGCGCCAUCAACUCCUUAGUCCACUAUCGGAGGUCAAGUUUUGGCAAAGGGAGGCAACAAUCCUCCGGCAACAAUUACACAACUUGCAGGAAAUUCACAGGCAAUUGAUGGGAGAAGAACUGUAUGGCCUGAGCGUUAAAGACCUACAAGGUCUAGAGAACCAACUUGAAAUGAGUUUAAGGGGCAUCCGUAUGAAAAAGGAACAAAUACUGACUGAUGAGAUUCGGGAACUACAUCGUAAGGGCUGCCUCAUUCAUCAAGAAAACGCGGAACUUUAUAAGAAGGUAAACUUCCAUCAACAAGAAAUUAUCUCAUUGCAUAAGAAGGCUUAUAGCACGAGUAAUUCCAAUGCCACACAUGGGAAUACCAUAACUCCAUAUGGAUUUGCAAUUACUGAGGAGCAACAUGCUCCAAUCCAUCUCCAACUUAGCCAGCCUGAGUCACAGAACUUCGUGACGUCAGAGGGAACCUCAGAAUCAAGGUAAUUAAACAAAGGCAGUAAAUUCUCAUCGUAUCACGAGUCAAGACCCAAAGGAGGCAUGACCGGUUAGACUACAUCAACCAACAAGAAAAAUGCUAACAAAUGAUUUACAGAGCUUUCUUCAAUUCUCUCGGGUUGUAAUGUGUUUGCAUUUCGCAUGGUGCUUAACUGGUUAUAUAAACUCUUUAUAAGGUUAUCCACAAAUACUAGUAACCAACGCUGCCUACUGUAUUCAAGUGCAAGAUUGCAUAUGCCUGACUGAACUUAAUGUGAAUAUUUUGGUCGUGAAAGCUGAAAA